UAAGACUGAAAAAAAAGACCGCCUGUAUUAAAUUUGAAAAGGAUAUACGCUGCCAGGUCACCGCCUUGAUCUGGAAACAGUGCCCUCACCUGGCCAGUUAUGAGUUGUGCCCUGAGCCCGUCUGCUGCAGCGGGCGUGCGCAGCGUGCAGCAGCAGCGUGAGCGCUGGGAGAGGAAGAGGAGGCGUGUUGGCCGUGAGCUGGUCCAGAGCGAACAGCGCUACUGCGAGCAGCUAGACCUGGUUGCCACGUACUUUGUGGAGAUUCUGAAGGCCAAAGGAACCCUGAGGCAGGACAUUAGAGAGAGCAUCUUCAGUUCAAUUAAAUCAAUUCAUUUAGUAAACCAGACACUGCUGGCUCAUCUCGAGGAGGGGAACGUCGGGCUUGGUUUUGAACAGUUCUGCCCACACCUUCACUUCUACAUUACAUACGUCGACAACUUCCAGACUGCAAAGAAGGUUCUUAUGAUGCAGCUUAAGAAAAACAAAGCAUUCAGAAGAUUUAAGAAGCUCCAGGAGUCCAGACCUGAGUUCCACAAGCAGCAGCUUGAAGACCUGCUGCCUCUUCCAUUACAGCGCAUUCAGCAGUACAAGCAUUUUUUGAGGGACUUGACAGAGAACACUAGUCCAGACAACCCAGAGUUCCAACAGCUUUCAAGUGCGGUGGCAGCUGUCUCGGAGGUGGCCCAGCGGAUCCAGGACAACGCCCGCAGCCACGAGAAUCACCUACAGCUGCGGCGCGUUCAGAAGCUGCUCAAGGGCCGAACGACCAGGCUGCUGGCUCCAGGUCGGUGGUAUAUUCGAGAAGGUUGCCUGAAGAUGGUGCCCUCUAAAGGCACAGAGGCCAAGCCCAAGAUGUUCUUCCUCUUCUCAGACAUUUUGGUCCAGGCCAAGCUGUGCAGCUCCAUACACCCGACCAACGGCAACAAGUUCACCUGCCAGCGGGUCUACCCGCUCAGAGAAUGCACUGUAGACAAAGUAUUCGGCCACACCAAGAGCCAGGGAGGCCUCAUUAGUUUGACCUUCGCACAAGCCAAGCUCCUCCUCAUGUCCAGUGAUCAGGAGAACAUUAAUGACUGGUACCGGAGCCUUUGCCUGGCCAUCGGACAGCUGAAGUCGAAAACCACAGUGGUGCACAGGAGAGAGGAGCUCCUCCGGACACCCCUGCGCAUAGCUGCAGACGGCCAGAACGGGCAGGUGGCCUCCCCACCUGCGGCUAGGCGGAAGAGGCCCAUGGUGAGGGAAGCAGGGACUGAGAGCAGCGAGGGACCCAGUAGCAGCUGCAGCUCGCAGCCUCCCGCUGCAGAAAGUGCUAAUGGUGCCUCCAAGAGGAUGAAGCUCUCCGAGGCUCCUACAGCAAGGUUGCAGAAGUCCUCAGGUUCAAGCUGUAUCAUUCUCUGAGAUGAUUCUGGAGCUGUUACAUCACUUACAAGAGGCCCAAGAUGGAGACUCCAGACUGAGGCUGGAGACCCAGAGAGCUGGUGCUGCUGCUGAGACGAGGCGAGGCGAGGCGGAUUGGUGACAUUCCAACAUCAUUUGUGUGUACUCUCUGAGUUCCUGCUAAUUUUAUCUAAAAGGAAACACAGUAGGUCAUGCUCUGUAGUCUUUUUAAGAGUUUCUCUGAAAUAUUUUUGCUUGAAUACUUUUUUGUGCUCUCAAAAUGCCAAAGAACCUAGUAGGCUGUGGGUUCAUUAACCCUAGCUAAAAUUUACCCUUCGCUUUCAGAACUCUUUUUGUUGUGUAUGGUGUAUGUCCAUUAUGCAUAAUGAUGUUGACUAAAAUGUGAUCAGUCAUAGAGACACAAGUGCCAAACACAUUAAGCCAUAAUGUAAUUUAAAGAACAUUUAAAUUCUAACACACAACAUUUAUCUACAUAUCACAUAUACUCAGUUAAUGUCUCACUUUUAUGAUCAAGGAUAGUAUACACUCCUCUUUAACAUUUCUUUAUAACUCAUGGUAUAUCAUACAGUGCAAGUAUGGAGAUUGUAUUGCAAUGUAUAUGAUGUAAGCAAGUUCAUAGGAUUCAUUUCCUAUAAGAUUACAGGAUUAACUUACUAAUGGUGGAAGUGGUAUUUUGCUCAUAGCUAUUGAUUAUGUUUAAAUCAUCAUUACUGAUUAUAUACUGGAAAAUCAACACAAAUUAAAAUCAACAGUCACCUGAUUUGUCUUGAAGCAAUCAAAGUGUUUUCCAGUCUCUAUUUUUAUCAUUGUAAUGUUUUGUAACAUUUUGUGUGUUGCUCCUGUUUUUAAAAUAUGUCACACAUUGUCUGCCUUGUUGUGGGUGCAUUAUUGCGAUUGAAAUCUGUUAAACUGGUCAAUAUUAGAUUAGUUUUCCUUCUGAACCAAUAAAAU